AUGGAGGCGAAGGCAGGCGCAGACGAACGGUUCUACACGCCUCGCAGCUCUGCCCGACGAGGAUAUUCCAGUACAGGCUCUGAGGACGAGCGCUUCGUGUCACCUCGAGGGAGCGCACGCUCCGCCUCGUCCGAUGAAAGUGAGUACGUCACGCCUCGAGAAGAUGCGGCUUUCCGUGCCAGCAGUAAACGAUUACCCGUGACUGACGACUCGAUCGACUACAAGCAGCAUCGUAGUGAAAAUACUUCGGAGUUGCGUAGCGCCGCGCCUCCAGCCGACGACUAUGAUCUCUUCUCAGCUGCACGUCAUAACCAUUACGACUCGGUCGUAUACAUGCUGGACAACAGUGUGUCUGUGAACUCGAGGGACGCGUUCGGUAACACUUUGCUGUCUAUAGCAUGUCAGAACGGACUUAAGCGUAUCACCAAGCUUGCGUUGCGUCGAGGUGCCAACAUCAACAGCCAGAACAAUCGAGGGAAUACGGCGCUGCACUUUUGCUUUGCAUACGGCUACGGCGACUCGCUUGGUGCAUACCUUAUCUCCAAGGGUGCCGAUACAACCAUAGAGAACGACGAUGGCCUGGUUUGUUACUAUGGCAUCGCCCAAUCCACCGCCCGUAAAUAA